UGAUGGUGGACAACGGAAGAAUUUUGAUAAUCAUGAUGAAAUAAUUUUGAUUCAAAGGUGUUUGUGUAAACACUGCUAUACAAUAGAUUCUGGAGAGAUCCACUUAGACAAUGGAUGAACUUGAAGGCUGUGAUGUGUGUGGGGGUGACCACAUCACGGAGGAAUGUCCGGAGCUGGGUCUGGCGGUCAGCAGAGAGAGUCCACUACAGACAAAAGCUCGUCUGACACUUCCUCAGGGUCUUGACGUCGUUACCGAUGGCGACGGAAACACCACCGUGGUUGCCCUGCAGCCGUUUGCCGCGAAGACGCAGUUCGGGCCGUUCGAGGCAAGGAAGACGACAUUCAGUAUUGACGCCGACCACGUGUUUGUACUGAAGGUUUUCACGAAGGACGGGGGCACCGUGUGUUACGACACGACAGAUGAGAACUUCUGUAACUGGUUGUGUCUGGUCCGGACCGCUGAGACAGCCAGUGAUCAGAACCUCAUCGCGUACACGCUCGGCGUGAACAUCUUCUACAACACCACGCGAGACAUCCCCGCGGGCCAGCAGCUCCGAGUGUGGUAUGCGCCGGCCUACGCCAGGAAACUCGGCAAGUCACCAACACCAGACGGAGUCACCACCAUCAUGCUGGGGGAGAUGCUUAUCUUCCAGGAGGAUGACACUCUGUCUCAGAUCGACCAGAUCGCCACGGAAACCAUCAACUCUGCUAGAGGCGACGCCACCCAGUCCGAGACCUACCCCGAGAAUACAUCAUCAGCUACAAUUGGUGGCAGCAGCAGCAGCAGCGGUGUGAUCGUCAAACACGAGGCUGUGUUCCAGUGUAUGCAGUGUGGCUCCACGUUCCAAAGUCAGUCGGACUACGUUCGGCAUCUCCGCGAACACCUGAUGCCGUCACGAGACAAGCCGACCACGAGGAGCUCUACGUACAAGUGCAAGACGUGCCAGGUGGGCUUCAACACAUACAGCAACUACAACCGCCACAUGAAGAAGCACGACGGAAACCGCAUCCAGUGUCCUAUCUGCAAGCACAACACGUACCGGGCCGAUCUCUUCACGACCCAUUACGUCGGGAAGCACAAACAGACCUACGAGGAAGCGAAGAGGAUUCUGUCGGAACACAGCUUCAACAAGACUUCAAAACAGGCCAGCGAGGAUGCUGAGACCACUGGGCAGGAAGAUGGACAGACGGAGAAUGUUGUCACUCCCCGUCGUAAAAGAGGUCGGCCCAGAAGGAAACCGAUAAAAGUGGAAUUGAGUGAUGAUGAGGCAGUAGGUGAAGUAGGGGAGGUGAGCGACGCUGGUGCUGAUGAUGAUGAUGAUGGUGAUGAUGAUGAUGAUGAUGAUAAGAGUGAUGAGGUGGAUAGUAAGAAAGCAAAGCUUCUGCUGAAUUACAUGUGUGUCAAGUGCGGGAAGAGUUUCGACAGUUACACUGGUCUGCAGAUCCACAAGUCUGAGCACGUGAUAAAGACGGAAGUGAAGAUGGAAUCGGUGUCUCCAGUACGGGUACAGCCGCGUCGCUCUCUCAAAGGCCGGCGGAUCACGGGUAAGCUGGCGGAGUCUGACGAUGAGACCCCGCAGCGUGAGAGCGUUCACGUGGAUACGACACCACCUGCUGCCACUUCACCAUGGAAGAAAGCUGGCCGAGGCAGACCGAGGAAGAACGUCCAGGCAGCUGAGGGUAGAGAAGAUGAUGCAGAUGUCUCACAGAGGACCAAAGAGUCUAUGGGAAGAAGUCCGAGUGUAGUGCCGGAGAGCAGAAGAGGAGAGUCAGAAUUUCAGAGUCCAGAAAGUGGCCAAGAAUCAUCGGAAGCUGCUCUGGAGAAGGAAGUGGUUCACGUUCUGAUUGGGUUGGGUGAAGGACACGCAGCGAACGCCGGGAACACGGAGCUGGUGAACGAAACUGACGGAUCAAAGAGUGAAGAAGAAACGCCGACUGGAACGAUGGUGAAAACAGAACAGUCUGAAUCGGUGGCAGGAGACGCAGAACAGACUGAGCUCCCGGACGCGUCUUGCUCGGAUGCAGAAGAACACGACGGGCGGUCUGAGGAUGAGGAUUUCGUCCCGGAGCCCGAACCAACGAGGAUGACCGUCGUGCGGAGGCGUCGCGGGAGACCACCGGGCUCAUUCAGGAAGCGGCCCGUCGACUGGGAGAUUCUCGACCUAGAGAAACGCACCAGAGUGGAGGAAACAGCAGGAGGGAAAGUGUACGGCUGCGGGGUAUGUGGCAAGAAGUUUGAGCAGCAGAGUUACCUUCGGCUUCACCUUCCGAGACACACCUCCAAGUUCAAGUGCAAAUACUGCGGAAGGUCUUUCGCUCGGAAGGAAUCGUUUCAGAAACACGACUGCAGGGCAAAGAAUAUAGAGAUUGUGAGCCACGACAGAGACGGGAAGAAGGUUUUCACGUGUGGGGAGUGCAAGAAGAGUUUCAACACGUGGGAGUCAGCUCGUCAACACACGCUGCAGCACACAGGUUCCUUCACCUGCCACCUGUGUCAGCGGGUGUUCUCUCGCAGACACCUGCUUCUUGACCACAUAUGUCACUCGGAGAAUGGGAAAAACAAGGACCUCUUUCAGUGUGAGAUCUGCCAACAGGAAUUCAGGACGUUGAGGUAUUUGUACCGCCACAUGGCUAUGCAUACAGACAUCUUCAAAUGUGAUUCCUGUAGUAAGACCUUUUCUAGAAAGGACUCCCUCCAGAGACAUCUGUUGAAGUGUAACCCCGAAAUGGCUUCCGAGCAAAAUAUCUUUCCUUGUACCAUUUGUAAAAAAGUGUUCUCCACCAAACUGGGAUUGGAGAACCAUCAGAUAAAUUGUGCCAAGUACGUCUGUGAGACUUGCCGACUGGCGUUUUUCACCGAGGAGAAUCUUGAUCAACACAAGUGCAUGGGGAAGGUGCUACACGAUGACGCGAGCAUACACUACGCGUGCACGGAGUGCGGAAAGAGCUUCGCGAGCAUCAACUACCUUCGCCGCCACGAGAUGAACCACAACAGCAGCUACAUGUGCGACAUCUGCCAGCGGUCCUUCGCCCAGCAGGACCAGUACGCAGUCCACCACAAGCUGUGCUGGGCCAAGCAGGAGAUCAACAACAUCUCGUUCGUCGAGUGCGACAUUUGCAAAGAGCACUUCGAAGACGCCAAAGAAUAUCGAGACCACUACCAGUCGCACACCCACCCGCACAAGUGCAACAAGUGCGGGAAGCGGUUCAUCAAGAUCGGGACGCUGGCGAUGCACGUGUGCAGCACGUCGAGGGACGAGGACCAGACGGUGGCGUGCAUGCAGUGCAACAAGCUCUUCAAGAACCAGAAGGCGAUGGAGAAGCACCAGGUGAAGCACGGCGAGCCCACCGAGGAGUGCGACUACUGCAAGAAGAAAUUCCACAAGCUACAGGACCACAUCUGCCACAUGCCGGACGGCACCAUCGUCAGGGUAGUCGUCAAGAAGAACCGACUGCUCAUCAAGGAGAAUCUCGUCUGCCACGAGUGCGGCCGGUCGUUUGUCAGCGUCAGCAACCUCAACAAGCACAUCCUUAUCCACGGGGAGAGGCAGAAUGAGUGCGACAUCUGUGGGAAGAAGUUCCACUACGCGAACUACCUGCGCGAACACAAGAAGAUGGUGCACAUGAAGGCCUACCGUCUGCAGUGCAGCGAGUGCGGGAAGGUCCUCUUCUCGAAGACGGGACUCGUCGCUCACAUGCGGCAGUUCCACGACAGCGAGAUCAAGCUGUUCCAGUGCCCCGAGUGCCCGAAGACGUUCCGCCAGAAGGGCAACCUGAAGACGCACAUGUUCUCGCAUACGAAAGUCAAGGGUUUCACGUGCGAGUUCUGCAGGAAGAUGUUCAAAUACCCUGACCAGUACAACCGGCACAAGCUGGAGCACACAAUGACCAACAAGAUCGAGUGUGCGCUGUGCGACAAGAAGUUCUGCCGCGAGUACCAGCACCGCAAGCACGUGGAGCUGCACCACAGCGGCAUCGUCUACAUCUGCGACAUCUGCCACGAGCGCUGCUCCCACCGCCACACCAUCAUCCGGCACUACAAGCGCAAGCACCCAGACGUCGCCUACCUGUUCGACGAGAACCCCACGUACACGGACUCGCUGCAGAAGGCCGUCAACUCGAUGGACGAGCAGCCGCAGCAGGCGGUGAGCGUCAAGCUGGAGACGAUGAUCGCCACCGACGAGAACGGGAUCGAGCGGGAGUACACCAUUCACACGGACAGAGAGGAGAGUUACCUGCCCCAGGUGGCGGCCCGGGCACUGCAGAAUCUGUCGAACGGCGUGAUACAGACGGAGAUGGAAGACGGGACGACGAUGAGCACGAUUACAGGACCAAACGGAGAGCAGACGGUCGUCAUUCUACAGAUAGUGAACUCAGACGGAACCAACAUAGAGGAGGCGACCAUUGAAGAGGUCCCGACGAUGAUCGAAGAGACGGAGGUCGUCACAGAAAAUUAGUCAUGGAAGGAGUUUGGGGUGGGGUGGGAGGGGAGGAGGCAGUGUUAGCAGACUGUCGCCAUUCUAUAAAUUGUCAACUCUUGACUCAGAGAAGAGGAGAUCCAGACCACAACUGAUCAAAGAAAACUAAUUGGUCAAAUAGUUGGGUGUGGUGAGGUAGGAUAGACACUACGUGCGUGUGUGUGUGUGUGUGUGUGUGUGUGUGUGUGUGUGUGUGUGUGUGUGUGUCUGUCUGUCUGUCUGUCUGUCUGUCGGUGUGCCGGUGCCGUAACACCAGGAACUGUGGUAUGAAGGAGGAGUACAUGUUUUUUUUUAAAUGCUUGAAAUGUCCACUACGUGCAAUGACGAUCUAUAAAUGAAUUAAGUUGUCAUUCAGUAAUGCUCAGUUUAAGUAGGUAUGAAAUGUAUGCAUGUGUUGUAAUCUGUUAAACACGUGGGUCCAAAGGAUGCAGGCGCGGAUGCAGGAUUUCUGAAAGGGGGUGGGUG